UUGGUUGUUCUUCACGUUGGGAGAAACACAACUCUGCAGGGCUGUGGUAUUAUCUGAGGACAUGGCAACCAGUUCUCCCUCCCAAAGGAUCGGAGUUGUAGGAUACGGACAUCUAGGGCAGUACCUGGUGGAGAGGAUCCUUAAAGAUGGAGCUCCUCUCGGUCUCACGCUGGCUUUUGUUUGGAACAGGAAUUCUGACAAGCUCAAAGGCUUAGUUCCUGAUGAACUCAUACUCAGUGACCUAUCAUCCUUUGCAGACAGGCGAUGUGAUGUGAUUGUAGAGGUGUGCCAUCCUCAGAUAGUGAAGGAUUUUGGGAUUCAGUUCCUGGCUCAGUCCCAUUUGUUGGUGGGCUCUCCCUCUGCCCUCUCAGAUCCUGAUCUCAACCAGAAGCUGCGUCAGGCGGCUCAGCUGCAUGGUAGGACACUUUACGUCCCUAGUGGUGCAUUAUGGGGGGGCCAGGACAUCCAGAGGCUGAAUGACAGUGGAGGCUUGAAGGCUUUGUUCAUAAGAAUGUCCAAGCAUCCAUCCUGCUUCCGGCUGACAGGAGACGUCCUCUCUGAUUGGACUGAGGGAGAGGGCAGGCGUGUCUUGUUCAGAGGCUCAGUGGCAGAGUUGUGCCCACUUGCUCCAAACAAUGUAAACACCAUGGCAGCAGCGGCAGUGGCAGCAGGGACACUCGGCUUUACUGGGGUUCAGGGAGAGAUAGUGUCCGACACAGCGUUAAGUGACUUCCAUGUGGUGGAGGUGGAGGUGACUGGGCCAGCUGGUUUCUCAGUGCACACAGUGAGGAGGAACCCAGCCAAACUGGGAGCUGUAACCGGCAGCGCAACAUACAACUCCUUCUGGAAUAGUUUACUAGUUUGCAAGGGUCACGGUGGCCGAGUCUACUUGUGCUGAAGCAGAGGAGAGCUCGACAUCCCCACAGCAAGAAGAUCCAGAUGAAUCAGCGGAGUCACUGGAUCAAUAUGUUACUGAGAAUUCAAAACCCACAGACCCUUGUAUAUUUGUGGUCCAAUAAACUGCAUGCAUACAAGAAAAGAAGAGCCAGAGAUCUUUUGUAAAACACUAACAGGUAUAUGUUUAUUUCAACUUUAUUAUUAGUUCAUCUGGUGCAAGACUUUAACAAAUGAUAAAGCUCUUACGUUACGUACGGAGUGUGAGCGUACGCCUGGUAAAACCUUCUUCUUCUUCCAUUGAAGACACAAUUCUCAACAUUGUUACUUUCUGUCCCUUUUUUCCUCCCCGUCUCAUCUCUUUACCUUCACAAAUAAAUACUUGUCAAACCCCGGAGUAAUCCACACAAGCUCACACAAACAGAGGAGUGUAAGGUUGUUCAUCUGUGAUUGUCACUGAAAGGCUAUGAUACAAUAUGGCGGGAAGAAAA